CAUAACUGAUAGAUAGAGACCUGAUUGUUAUGUGGUACUAAAUUUUCAUUGUGAUAUAUUUUGUAUAUUGAACCAGUCAUAGUUAUAGGCCGGUCGUUACCAGUUUUAUUGGUUUAGUUUUCAUUGCCUACUAUUGCUCAUAUGGCAACCAUAAUCACAUUACUGCUAUUGUUCUUCUUCCUUCCUCACAUAGCAGCUACAACCUGCGGCGCAUCAGCAUGCUCUGCCAGCGGCCCGUCAGUUCGAUUCCCAUUCCGGCUAACUGAUCGCCAGCAAACGGGUUGUGGGUAUUCCGGUAAGUUUGGUGUAUCGUGCAACGGACACAAACAAACCAUUCUUAACCUCCCAUCUUCCGGAAACUUCACGGUUGAGAGCAUCAGUUACAAGGACCAACUCGUGUGGAUCAACGACCUCGACAACUGCAUCUUCAAGCGGUUUCUUGACAAGGACUUCAGUCUCAUAGGUUCACCCUUCCGGUACGCCCUUGACCUUCAAGAGUACACCUUCUACAAAUGUUCGCCCCAACUUGUGCCACUGUGGUCUCCCAUCUCCUGUCUCAGCAGUGACAACUAUGAGGUCAUUGGCGUCGCGAGCUGGUCAACGUUAUCGAGAUCACCUUCUCCCUAUUGUGAUGUGAUUACCAGAGCUUUGGUUCCAGCAGAAAGUUACGAGUUAGGGAAUUCUGACUUUGGUGUGGGGCUGACUUGGAAGGAGCCUGAUUGUCGUUCUUGUGAAGCGAGUGGUAAGGUUUGUGGGUUUCAGAAUGGUUCACAGUCGAAAAUUCACUGCUCUAGUACUCUAUCUUAUGCCUCUUCAGGUCUCUCAAAAGCUACGAAGUAUGGCAUAGCGAUUGGCGUAUUAAUUCCAGGGCUAUUAUCCAUUACCUGUUGUGCACUUUAUGUCUCAGCCCCGAGAAGGGAUCAUGGUCGAAUCCAAGAAUCUACCACCGAAUUAUCCGGUACUGUAACUAAUUAUCGUCAACCUCAAGUAUUCAUAGCAGGUCUUGAUGGUCAGACAAUUGAGUCAUAUCCCAAGACUCAACUCGGCGAGAGUUUGGAAUUGCCUGACCCUAAUGACAAAACUUGUCCAAUAUGUCUGGGUGAGUACCAACCGAAGGAAACUCUGAGGACUAUACCAGAAUGUAACCAUUAUUUCCAUGCUAAUUGCAUUGACGAAUGGCUUAGAAAAAAUCCGACAUGCCCGCUUUGUCGCAAUCUACCCGGUCUUUGUCGAAAUCCACUGGAGGUGUCAUCAGUGAGACCACGUGAUGAUUAUGCUAUAUAUUAAUGAACAGAUUAAAUAUAGUUUUGUAUUUUGACAGGAAUAGCAAAUUAAUUGGGUAGAUAUAUAAACUAAAAUCAAUUCUUUGAAUAGAUGUACUUCCUAGUAUAUUAAUUGCUGUAUGUUUAAAACAUUGAAGCCAUGCCAUGGUAAAGCUUAAUGAUCUUUUUGUUAUGUAACAUGUAC